GAAGUAGAAACACUCGAAGGACAUAAAGAUGUUCGUGCAGAAACCGAUCAGCUCUUGAAGGAUUUGGGAUUAACGACGGUUGAUAAGCCAAAACCGACUGCAGUGCAACCUCCUAUUGAUGGAAGUCAACCUGUGUCCUCAUCUGCAGCAAGUACAGGCAGCCAAGAUUCAGGAGAUGCUGCCCAAUUGUCAGCUUGCCCUAGUCCACGACGCAUUGGAAGAUUGGGAUUAUCCAAGGUGACACAGACAAAUAUUCUGCCAAAAGAGCAGGUGACCUACACAAAGCAGACACAGACUCCAUCAGAAACUAUCGAUAAUAAACAAGGUGGCUCAUUGGAUUACUACGAUGAACCAUAUGUUCAUCACGCUUUCGAGUGGGAGGACGAAUUUCACGAAGGUUGCAGCUUUGACUCCGAAUUUUCCUUUUUGGUGUAUCCCGACUAUGCACCGUCCACAGACGAGGAAGGGGAUAUGAGCCUGCCUGAGACACCCCCUAUACUCAAGCACCAUCACCUUCCACACGUGGAGCCAGUUAAGCCAGCAGAGGGGUCAAAUGAUGAGCCACCAGCUGAGGAGGAAGUGGUACCACCUCGUGAGCUGUCAGAGGAGGAGCAGCAGCAGGUGAUGAAAUCAGAAGAGUUUGCGCGUUUCUUCGAGCGAGCGAGCAAGGUCGUGGAGCGUGCUCUGUGCGAGGACUCGGACAUCUUAAAGGACUACGCCGGUAGCAGCGACAACGAAGGAGAAGGGGAGAAGGACACUGGUGCCAGACUAUCACUAAACCGGACUUUCUUCGAUGAGAGGUGGUCCAAACAUCGCUGUGUAACCAGUAUGGACUGGUCAACACAGUAUCCAGAAUUGUUGGUGACAUCGUACAAUCAGAAUGGAGAUGCAACUCACGAGCCAGAGGGUGUGGUGGUUGUCUGGAACCAAAAGUUUAAGAAGACCACCCCUGAAUAUGUCUUCCACUGCCAGUCUGCCGUGAUGUCGGCGACGUUUGCCAAGUUUCACCCCAACUUGGUCAUCGGCGGAACAUACUCCGGCCAGAUCGUAGUCUGGGACAACAGGCUGAACAAGAGAACGCCAGUGCAGCGGAGCCCGUUGUCGGCUGCGGCGCACACGCAUCCGGUGUACUGUGUGAACGUGGUUGGCUCGCAGAACGCUCACAACCUGGUGAGCGUGUCCACCGACGGCAAGUUCUGCACGUGGAGUCUCGACAUGCUCUCCCAGCCACAGGAGAGCAUGGAGCUGCAGCACAAGCAGACGAAGGCGGUAGCAGUGACGUGCAUGUGCUUCCCGUACGGCGACGUGAACAACUUCAUUGUGGGCAGUGAGGAAGGUCUCGUAUACACAGCCUGCAGGCAUGGCAGUAAGACGGGAGUACUGGACAUGUUCGAGGGACACCAGAGUCCCGUUACUGGCAUCGACUGUCACCUCGCUCAGGGACAGGUAGACUUCUCCCAUCUGUUCGUCACAUCCUCCUUUGACUGGACUGUCAAGCUGUGGAGCCAGAAGGACAAUAGACCACUGUAUUCGUUUGAAGACAACGGCGAUUAUGUAUACGAUGUGCGCUGGUCGCCUAUCCACCCAGCUCUGUUUGCCACCGUCGAUGGCAUGGGUCGGCUCGACCUGUGGAACCUCAACACAGACACUGAGGUGCCGGUGGCGAGCAUCAACAUGGAGGAUGGAGCCGCUCUGAACCACGUGCGAUGGAGCCAGUCCGGCCAUCAGCUUGCCGUCGGAGACGACAUGGGCAAAGUCAGCAUCUACGAUGUCGGCGAACAAGUGGCAGUGCCGAAGAACGACGAGUGGUCGAGGCUGGUGCAUACGCUGCAGGAGUUGAAGAAUAACCAGGCGGAUGCCGAGGAUGUUACAAGCACAUCGAACACGGGAUCGCCCAUGCCUAUACGCUGAACAGCAUCUUGAUCAUACACCGGUUCAUGGCCAUGAGUGAUGUGUUGAACAGCGCCCUAUCUAGGAGUGUCUAUCAAUCAUGCCUAUAUGCUAAUCAAUAUGUUAUCGCAAGCUGCCUUCCUGACUGUCUGCCGCUUCCCGUACGAUCUAUCACAUAUAUAAUCGUAGGUUCAUUACCCAUCCCAUUGCUAUUUAACCUAAGUAUCUUCCGCGAAACCUCAUGCUAAUGCGUGGUCCAGUAUCGUAAUCACUAGAUGCGUUUUUGGUGGUAACUUAUCUGUGACUGUGCGUACGGUCGUUUUUGUUGCUACUGUCGUGUAUAGGUGGCAGCACUAAUAGCGUACGUAGGCUGCAGCAGACUGAGUGAAUGAUUGAGGGAUUGAAUGGUGCAGGAGUGCGCGUGACAUCUGUAGGGCCUGCUGCCUUGCUUGUACUCCAGCUGCUCUCUGUGACUACACCCACCACACUAUCCUGCGUACAUCGUAGUGGUCAUAUUCCAACUACCUUUAAGGGUCAUUUGCUUCUUGAUGGAGCAGAUUUGGUCGUCAUACUGAUGUUAAAUAUAUUGUCAGCAUGGUUGCCGCAUAGGGGCAUGAUCUCAGUGUACGCGAGACAUCAAGCCAAUAUAUCUAUACAGUCCAGUCUAAUGUCAGUCGAGUUGAAUUUUUUUUGCGGAAGCUGUCAUGGUUUAACGAGAACGUGAUAUGGUGGUUGUGUUGCAUGCCUUUGAUAAGUGGUGGGUUAGAUUGUGAUGGGACUGAGAUGCACAUCUCACGCUAGUGAAAUGUGCACAUAUAUAUUGCAUUAUAUGUACGCAAAUCUUAUCGAAAGCUUGUUACAUCAUACUCACUGUUACCUUGCUCUGCAAUUGAGUAGCGAUGCGGUGCAGACACAGUAUUUUACUAAUCCGUUAAUGCUUGUGCUGGAAGAGGUACGCUUGAUAUUAUAAUUGGGAAAUCUCAGUUUUGCAUGCAUUCGUAGUACACAAUUGUAUAGUAGUAAGGCAUCUGGUGAAGCCAAACUCCUGCAUGAUUUGCUUGAAAUUUUCCUCUUAGCAAUUGUCUGAGCUCUUCAGCCUUUUUGAGGCCAUAUUUUUGUAUAUAUAUAAUAAUUUAUGUAUGGCUGUUGCGGUACUAUAUAUUAAAGGCAAAGCUUUUCAAAUGUAUCAA